AAACCCCAUGGGCCGGAGUGGUGAUCGGCCUCUCGUGCCGCUCCUGAUCUUGUCCUUAUCAGUGGAAGUGGAAAGUGGAAAGGGAGGAUCUCCUUCGCUCGAACUCGGGCAAAUUUUCUUGUCCUCCGCAACCACCGCUUCUCAUCGACCCUCUCCGCUCCUCCUCCGGAUGCCCUCGCCAUAAUCCUACAAUGCGCCUGCCUCUCCAUCGGCCUCCCUGAUCUCGAACUGCCAUGGAUGUGGGCCCAACCACCCCUGCUGGUCUAGGCCAGCAGAAACGACCCCGCGUUUCGGACGAAAACCGCAAACGAGCCGUGCGAGCCUGCGAUGGCUGUCGUCGCGUCAAGGAGAAAUGCGAAGGAGGUGUACCCUGUCGUCGAUGUCUCCGGUAUCGCCGGCAAUGCAACUUCACUCACCCCGAUCAUGCGGAGAAACUCGCCCGAUCGUCGUCUAUCCCACUUCUGGAACGGACGGCCGCUCUCAGUCGACAUGAUAUGGCCGAGGCGGAACGUGUCCGGUACAUGGAACGCAUCAUUCAACACUAUGUCCCUAAUGUCUCGUUCGAUAUUUACUCGCUCCGGAGGAUGGCGGAGGAGCUGACACCUAAACAUCGCCCCUCUGGUUCUACGGAGAGCCCUUCGAUGCAACUGGAUGGAGAGGAUCUGGAAGAUCUGGCUAUCGACGAUGAAGACUUUACCAUCAAGGCUUUGCCGGAUAAUACCACUCAAUACUCCGGAGAAUUCUCUUAUCUAAAUUUCUCGAUGAAAAUCAGACAGAAGAUCGACGAAUGGAUGCAGACCGCAGCUCCGGAGGCAUCAACCGAAACAGAGCCGUUCGAAGAACGAUGGCGGGCAACCCAACUGCAGUCCGGGUCGACGUUGGUGUCGACAUCUGUCACCUGUCUUCCUCCUCGCUUUGUCGCCGACUUUCUGGUCCAGAUCUUCUUCAAAUAUGCCCAAACGAACAACUUCUAUGUGGAAGAGGAUUGGUUGCGGGACAAACUCAACACCUGCUAUACGGACCCUUCCAGUCUUUCCUCCAAGGACGCUGGCUCUGUCUGCGCCAUUCUAAUGGUUCUGGCUGUCGGAACCCAGUUCGCGCACAUGGAAUCGUCUAUCCCUGUCAACCGUCUCUCAUCCAACUCGGCGUUCGAUGAUGACCAUCACUUUUCCGAGGACGACGUUGGUCUCACGUUUUACCAGUUCGCAUCCAAGUUGCUUCCAGAUAUUAUUGCCACCGCGUCCGUUCGAAGCGUGCAGGCCUGUCUUUUGAUCGGAACAUAUCUUCUGCCGCUUGAUACGUCAGGUCUCUGCUAUACAUACUUUGGUCUGGCACUAAAGAUGGCCAUUCAGAAUGGCAUGCACCGGAAGUACACUGGCGAGGGACUAUCACCUCGUAUGAUCGAGACUCGGAAUCGCGUAUUCUGGACCGCUUACACGAUAGAAAAGCGUGUCAGCAUUCUUCAUGGAAGGCCAGUCUCCUUGUUAGAUGCGGACGUGGAUGCCCCAUUUCCUACUGACUUUCCCGGCUUGACGCCGUCGGGACAUGUUUCGAACGAUACGAACAUGGUGACACUCAUCAAGUUGACACUCAAACUCGGAGAAGUUGCAAAUGAAAUAUCUAUCCUUCGCAAGUCCCGAAAGAACCAGCAACAGGAUUGUCUGGAAAGGCUACUGAAUCUGCGGAAAAACCUAGUCGACUGGUGGGCUACGUUGCCAGAAGAAACCAAUUGCAGGGAUCUCAACCCAGCCGGGCCGCUUUUCCGCUCCAAUGUGCACCUGAAGCUCGACUAUUGUCUGACUCGCAUCUUCCUUGGGCGGCCAUUUCUCUUCAGCAGCAUGAGGGCAGUCAGUGUCACCACGGCCACUGGCGCUCCGCUCAAGACACCGUCGGGUCUUGCCAAGAAUCGGUCAACGCUGGUCACUGAUUGUGUGGAAGCCGCUCUGGAGAUUAUUGAUUUGUGUCGGCUGCUUCGCGACGAGCCCGGUCUAGCCCGCGCAUCAUUUACCGAGUUUAGCUCAUGCCGUGCCGCUCUGCUCGUUAUUCUGGCCCAAAGUUUGACCAAACGUACAGAGCGGCUGGGCGAAGCCUUAGAUAAGGGCAUGGCGCUGAUCAAGAUCAUGUCCAUGGGUGUCGGCUCUGCCCGGGCGGCAGUGAGCGUCAUUGAGACCCUGGAACGUGCGAUUCGUCGUCUCGAAGAGUACAGUCAGACUCAACCCCAAGGCAGUACCGGUGUCGUCGAAUCAGCCUAUGAUCGGUUCAAGAACUGGGAAAUGUUAUGGAAAACCGGGCCAAUCUCUCCCGAAAUUGUACCUUUCCAGGAACAGUAUCAUCAUCCUAGCGGCAACGGACUUCCCCCUGUCGUCACCCCAAUGGCUGGUGCUUCCACCGCAAAUGACCAGGUGGAAGCGGACGUGGCCAGCGCGAGCAUCCCCGACUCAUCCGAAUUCUCCGUUUCGCAUCCUCUAUCGCACAUGCCUCAUUUUGGGCUUGAUCACUUCGUCUCAAACCUGCCUCAAGAGCUGGGAGAGUUCACUGCUAUCCCUUGCUUUGAGACCGAUGGCCAGCAAACGCUAUCUGGGGAGAUGAAGCCCGGGUGCGCUGACACGCCGCGGUGGAUGAACUUCAUGAAUGAUUAAUGUAUUCAGCUCUGGUUAAUAUUCUUUCAGCGUUUCCGUUUGACCUUUCGCGUUUGUCUGUUCAUACGUUAUCUGUGCACUGGAUCCGUUUCAAGAUACC